AUGGCAGAACUCCUUUCACUUCCCAACGAGUUGAUACAACAUAUCGCAUCUUUUCUGCCCUGCUCCUCAGCUCUCAGCCUUCUCAGAGUCGACCGACAACUACGCAACAUCUGCAAUGAUAAAGUGGUAUUCCAAAGCAUUACAAAAUACAACCUGGAGCGACCCCUUCUCUUGGAAAAUGGAAUAGAACUGUCAGGAAUGUUCUGGGCGGGAAGCGACGCUGUCUUGGCCAACAUUUCUCUCCAAGAGACGAUCCGCAUAGCAUACGCAGCCGAAAGAUGUAUGCAAGCUUUGAUCAAGAAAGACGAUAUAUGGACAUUACACAAAUAUAAACGGCUCAGGGCAUACGAACUGGGUGAUUGGCUACCGCAGAUGAUGGCUCUACAUCACCCCGCAGCUUUACACCUCAAGCCCGAAAACUUCCUGCAGCUCCAAGGCCAACUAUUUCGGGAUGAGAUCUCGUUAACAAUGUCACUUGAAUGGUAUAAAUUCGACAUUCUCAACGUGAACUUCAUACUGAGCUACACCAUCCUGGCGCAGCUGCACAUGACCGGAAAUGGGAAGCAAGUCAAAGAACCUUUCGACCGCUUCUUCUCCGUGAACCAUGCAACAGAUCCACCAAUCACCCUCCGCAACGGCGUACGAACCGACGGAGAUGCUAUCAAAAGCCUUCGACAGCGAGUGCGAGACUACGGCAGUAUUGACGAUGCACUCUACAUGGAACAAGCUACAGCCUUGCUCCCCACAUUACUUUUGGAGUUGGCUGUACAUCACUUGACCCCAAUCCAGAUGAGCGAGCUCCCUUCACCUACCAGGAUACCUUUUAACGCCCUGAUGCACAUGCCGCCUGUCUUCGAGAUGGAUAAAUCUCCACCCUUCACAGAUGGAAAGAUACCGUUCGGCUUAUGUCACCUUCAUAAAAUGGUGUCACCCAACUUCCUUUCUUCCGGGCGAUGGAUGGGUUAUUACUCUGACCAGCGGCGCGCCUUGGGUCGACGACGUUUCGAUCCGCCUAUGCAUGACAUUCAAAUCGUUGCUCGGAACUCCACCAAAGAAGAAUCGGGGGAUGAAUCUCCUUUCAGCGAAUUCACAGUGAUCGAUCCCCGGAGCCGAGGAACCGAUACAGUCGGAGAGUUUUCGUUAGAGGGCUCUGUGCGAAGGGACGGAUCUGUCUACAUCAUGAAGAGAUAUCUCUCACGCGACUUAUCAUGGAUCUGGAAAGCCACGAUAACACCUUUCGGGAUUGUGGGUGUCUGGGGAGGCGAAGAUAGAUUUGGAGGUUACUUCUGGAUCUGGAAAGAGGAGUGGCGUUGA